AUGCUGAAACUGUGCAUUAAAGACGUCACAUCACACACCUUUGAGUAUUUAUCUGACAACUCCCCUCGCUUCUUGCUUCCCAUUUUCAGCAUGCUGGACAGCAGUAAUCAGCCUCACUGGAGCAAUGAGCUUGUGGGAGAACAGCUACAGCAGAAAGUCUCUCAGUUGCAGGAUCAGCUGGAUGCUGAGCUGGAGGAGAAGAGAAGAGUCUUACUUCAGCUGUCCAGAGAGAAAGAGCAAAACAAGAAUCUGUGUCUUAAAGUCACCCAUCUGCUUCAGAAGCAUAAGCAGGACGAAGAGAUCCUCCAAAGUCAAGACCUAAUUUCCCAGUCUCCUGACAGGCAGUCUGAACCAGCCACUCACCCAGCUCUAUUGCAAGAGACCACUCAGGUAGAGCCAUGUGAACAAAACCAAGAAGAAAAGAAACUGUCCCAGCUGUUGAGUGUGCAAGUGUCGCACGCAGAGACCACACUGGAACUAGAAAAGACCAGAGACAUGCUUAUUCUCCAGCGCAUCAACGUGUGUUAUCAGGAGGAACUGGAGGCAAUGAUGACAAAAGCCGAUAAUGAAAAUAAAGAUCAUGAGGAAAAGCUGGAGAGGUUGAAUCAACUGCUAGACCUCAAGAACGAUCGUAUCAAUCAGCUGGAAGGUAUUUUGAGAAGCCAUGGCCUUCCAAUAUCCGAACAGCUCAAAGAUGUGGCUUACGGCACCCGACAGUUGUCAUUAUGUCUGCAAACACUGCCAGCCCAUGGAGAUGAUGAUGAAGCAGACAUUUCUCUGCUGCAUCAGAGUGAGAAUCUUUUUGAACUGCACAUCCACCAAGCCUUUCUGAAGUCUGCUGCCCUGGAUCAGGCUGGAGACACUCAACCUACUACUUUCUGUACUUAUUCCUUCUAUGAUUUUGAAACCCACUGUACCCCACUAGCUGUGGGGCCACAGCCCCUCUAUGACUUCACCUCCCAGUAUGUGGUAGAAACAGAUUCCCUUUUUUUGAACUACCUUCAUGGGGCUUCAGUCCGGCUUGAUCUACACCAGGCUGUAGCCAGUGAGCACCACACACUUGCAGCUGGAUGGAUUUACUUGAGAGGGUGCUGGAGACUGUGGAUGAGGGUCCAUGGCUGUACCAUACUUACUGUAACUGGGGAGAAGACUUCGGGUGUGCUAGAAUACUGGAUGAGGCUGCGCUUCCCCAUAGGAUCCAGCCUACAGGCAUGCAAUAAGCGAAAGAAGGCUCAGGCCUACCUGUCAGCCAAUGUGCUUGGUGCCUUGGAGGCCCAGGAAGAUAAGGUGAGAAAAAGGAUGUGCCCAUUCCAGAUGGAGACCUGGAAGCAUCAGAAUGAGCUGCGGGUGGUCAUCAGAUGCUAUGGCCUCCGGAGUCGGCGGCUGGGAACCCAGCGUCCAUACGUCAUGUACCGCUUCUUCACCUUCUCUGACCACGACACUGCCAUCAUUCCAGCCAGUAACAAUCCGCACUUUAGAGACCAGGCUCGAUUCCCAGUGCUUGUGACCUCUGACCUGGAUAAAUAUCUGAGGCGGGAGGCCCUGUCUGUCUACGUUUUUGAUGAUGAAGAUGCAGAGCCUGGCUCGUACCUUGGCCAAGUCCAAGUGCCCUUGCUUCCUCUCGCACAAAACAAUCCAUUAAAGAUCUUAUUAAUGUCUGUGUGUGUCUCAGGUGAUUUUAACCUCACAGACCCUGCGGGGAACCCCAGUGGAUUUGUUGAGAUGCAAUUGGACUGGAAAUCUUUCUACCUACCCCCAGAGAGCUUCCUGAAACCAGAAACUCAGCCUGAGGAGAAUACCACGAAGGACAGUUUAGAGAUCUCAUCUGAAGAGGAAAAAGCUUCCUUUCUCCCCCAGGACCUGAUGGCAUUUGGUGAGAUUCCCAUUGAAGCUGGCCAGUAUCAAGCUAAGAGAAAACCUCCACAGGUGGGAGAAAGAAAGGAAAGGGAACACCAGGUUGCAAGCUACUCAAGAAGAAAACAUGGUAAAAGAACAAGCAUCCAAGGAAAGAACAGAAUGGAGUAUCUUAGUCGUAACAUCUUAACUGGAAAUACACUACAACAGGUGAAGUACACUGAAUGGAAGUUCUCAGGGCUCAAGAGCUCCAUAGAUGAUGGUUUGAAAAAUCAGCAAAAGGGAGAAAUUACAUCAUCCCAUUCAGUACCAAUGCAGAAAGAAGCCCUGAAUCCUGUAAAUGAUAAAGAAUCCUGUGAACAAGCUUCUGAAGUCAGUGAAGCACAGACUACAGAUAGUGAUGACAUAGUGACACCAGUAUCUCAGAAAUGUCCUAAGGCGAGGUCAGAGAAGAUGUGCAUCGAAAUUGUCUCCCUGGCCUUCUAUCCAGAGGCCGAAGUGAUGAGUGAUGAGAAUGUAAAACAGGUGUAUGUAGAGUACAAGUUCUACGACCUCCCCUUGUCAGAGACGGAGACUCCAGUAUCCUUGAGGAAACCGAGGGCAGGAGAAGAGAUCCACUUCCACUUCAGCAAAGUGAUAGACCUGGACCCACUGGAGCAAAAAGGCCGAAGGCAAUUUCUGUUCGCCAUGCUAAAUGGACAAGAUCCUGAACAAAGACAUUUAAAGUUUACAGUGGUAAGCGAUCCUAUGGACGAGGAGAAGAAAGAAUGUCAAGAAGUGGGAUAUGCGUUUCUGGAACUGUGGCAGAUCAUGGAGUCGGGAAGAGACCUUGUAGAGCAAGAGCUAGACAUUGUCAGCCCUGAAGAUCAGGCCACCCGGAUAGGAAGGCUGAAGGUGUCCCUUCAAGCUGCCGCCGCCCUCGACGCCAUUUACAAGGAGAUGACAGAAGUUACACUUUCGUGAUGGAGCAAGUACUAUUCCGUUCUAAACUCUCUGAGGGAAC